AUGACCAAUCUUGAUGAGCUUAUUGAGCAGUAUUCUGGUCGACUAGACCCUAGUCUUGUUCUUUGUAUUGCCAAUGAAGAGGGAAGAUCUCUUGAAGAUGCGAAAAAUAUAUUAAAUGAGUUGGCUGGUGCCGUUCCUUCCGAUUUUGUCGAGGCCGAUCCCGUGGACACAGUUGAUAUGACUGCGACAUCAUCUACUGAGACCACAUCCAAACUUUUAUUUUUGCAUCAAACGUUCCCGGACAAGGAGGAGUCCUAUCUUCGAGAAAAACUGGUUUCCUGUAAUGACGAUAUCGAUGCUACACUUGAUGAGAUUUUAGUAGACGAUAUCCUUUCUUCGGAUCCUACAGCCUUCUCUACGGCGCGAUCCACAGGUGGCUUAGACCUGCAAGCUCUCUCUCAUGGUAUUUCAGACAAGAAAAAGAAACCAAGAAAACAUAAAAAUAAAAAAAAUGGACCUGUGACAGUAAGUCUAACGGACCAACGCAGCCCGCACCAUAUCUACUAUGAAACACGUAUGGCACGACAGCCCAUUGAACGUCCUAAAGACAUUCGCCAUGUGGAUUCAACUGGUCUCAAUGAUGAGGAAUUCGCUCGGCAAUUGCAAAAUGCAGAGCGUGAGGCAGCGGACGCUGCUUCCCUUCCCGUGGCUGAUCAGCAGUGGUUAUUGGCAUCGUCGUCUUUAUCUCAACUAGCCGUCUUGCUGCAUCUACCUACAUCUCGCAUUCAGAGUGUGUUUAAUCAAUGUUCCUUUAAUCUUCAUGUUACGAUGGGGCGCGUCAUUGAAUUGGCUGCGAACAGCUCCGAGGCUUUGCAGCUUACCCACUCGCCAGACUUUCCUACCAUGUGCACCAAUCUAGCGUCUAUUACGGGCAAGAGUGAGAGGCAUAUUCAGCGACUUUUAAAAGCAACGAAAGGAGAUCAAGACGCUGUACUGGACCUGUUGCAUCUGGAAACGAUCGUUACAGAGGCUGCCGACGGUCUUGGUCAUCGUCCGGAUAUUCUUGAUCCAUCAGGUACUUUGAACCUUGAGCCUUCAAGUGCAGAGGUGCAAACAUCUACGAUGUCACAACAUAAAGUGGUAUCUGGUGCUGCUCCACGCUGGCUUAGUAGUGAUGCCACUAGCUAUGCCGGUCGUGCUUCGCAGCCUGCUGCUGCGCCUAAUGUCCCUGCCGCCGCGGCGAUGUCUACAGGGCAGGCACUAACAAUUUUGCCAGCGUCGGCGGGUCAUGUUACUCUCCCCACCACAGCAUCAGAGGCAGAUACAGAUCAUGCGUACUCACGGGACGAAUGCUUAGCGUUUGCCGCUGAAGCUCGUGCUCGUCGUGAUGCAGCGCUUCAGCAAGCGUCGCGCAACGCGCGACUUUCGAAGGGCAGCAAGCUUGGUGGGGCUGCUAUGGUAUAUGCGGAAGAAGCGCGAAAACAUGAUCAGGUGGCACGCCGAUGGCAGCUCCGUGCAGCCUCGGCAUUGGUCGAGCAGCGUCGCGUAUCGAGUAGCUCAGCGUAUCAUCAGUCCGGCGCUGAGCAUAUUGAUUUACAUGGUCUUACUGUUCACGAAGCUUUGAAUGUGGUGGCACAGUGCGUGGCACGCUGGCAAUCCACGCCGCUAGGCGAGAAUGGUGUGCGUCCUCGUAUGGAGAUUGUGACAGGUCGUGGCGUGCAUAGCCGGCACAAUAUGUCGGUCAUUCGUCCUGCCAUUGUCCGCUUUCUCACACAGCGAGGGCUUACUGUGGACAGUACGACGGAUGCGGGUGUUUUGUACGUCAAGUCGCGUGCUGCGCGAACCUAG